AUUUUCAGGUUAUCAACAGUGUCUUAGUUCCAACUAUUGGUGAGCAAAUUAUGCUGGCUCGUAUCAUUGAUGAGGAGCGAGAGUAUGACCGUCAGGGCAGCCCAAGUGAUACUUGGAACUACUGGUUAAAUGUGAAGCAGAAGAAUAUUUGGUGGGAAGAGCUAUAUGAGUUGGAUCAAGCUGCACGAGGAGUGUUGCCAAAAAAGAAAGACAAAGAGAAGGUGACGUUUGCAGAAGGAUCAUCCUCUAAUUCUGGAUUAGAUUCGAGGUUGCAAGGUCUGGAAGAGAGGAUUUUGGAGUUCAUGGGAGAAGGAUUUGCUGGACUUCACGUCACGGUGGAGACAAUGUUGGAGUCUCAAAGCUCAAGGAUGAGUGUUCUUGAAAAGAACCAGCGGCUUUUGAGAAGAAGGGCUAAGAAAAUAGAAGACAGGCUAACUUCUAUUGAGAGUAAAGUGGAGCCGAGUCAUGGUGAAGACAUGGAUUUUCGACAGUGGGACAAUGAUACAUAUGAAGAGAAGGACAAAGCUUGUUCUGAGAAGGAGAAAGCUAAUGCUGAGCACGAGGCUGGGAAAGAAAAGGAUAACAUCGAGAAUACUGAGGAAGAGGGUGAGAAAGAGGCUGAUGACAAUGCUCAGCAAGAGGGUGAGAAAGAGAAGGAAAAUAGUGAGGCUGAUGAGGAAGAAGACAGUGAGAGUGAAAGUGAAGAGUUGAAGCAAAUGAAGGAGAGAAGUAGAAGACAAGCUGCUAAAUUGUGGAAGGAAAUUGCGAAUGAAGAAAAGAUUGGAGGGAAACAUGAUGAAGAAGAAAGUGAAGAGAAAGAGGCUGAAACCAGUGAGGAAGAGAAUGAGAACAAUGAUGAGAAAGAUGAAGAAAAAGUGGUGGAAUCUGAGGCUGAAGGGGAAGAUGAUCAAGUAGAGGUUGGAGGGAAAGAGGAUCAAGAAGAAGAAGUUGAAGGGAAAGAGGAUGAAGAAGAAGAAGUUGAAGGAAAAGAGUCUGAAACCAGGGAGAAAGAAAAGGAGAAAAAUGAGACUGAGGAGGUGGAAUCUGAGGCACGGGAGACAGAGAUAGAAAAAGGAACUCCGACACUACCACGUGGGAAUCAGACAGAGGGAACUCCCAAAGAUGAUGAUAAUGAGCCUCGGGUUGAGACGAACAGAACCGGUGAAACUCCAACACCACCACAUGGGAGUCAGUCAGAGGGAACUCCCAAAGAUGAUGACAAUGAGCCUCGGGUUGAGACGAACAGAACCGGUGAAACUCCAACACCACCACGUGGGAGUCAGUCAGCGGGAACUCCAACACCGCCACGUGGUAGGACUAAGGCAAUGGCUGCAAGGAGACCAAUAAUUAGGCGUAUGGAGGAUGAACCUGGAAAAGGUGAGAAAGUUGUGGAAGAAGAGAAACAAAAGAAAGAGGCUGUGGAAACAGAGGAAAAAAGCAGGGAGAAACAAAGGUGGAUCAUGGUCGUUUACAAGGAAGCACCGAGUCCUUGGAUCAUGUAUAGGUGCAAGGAGAAUGUCGUUGUUGCUGCACCUAAGAAGAGUGGCAGACCAAAGAGGAAAUCACAGUGGGUGCAGACUCCUUUCACGGAGGGGAAGAAGCGUAAAACAAAGCCUUAGGCUUUUAUGUAUUUGGGAUGAUAUGUAUUUUGGCUUUUAUGUAUUUGGGAUGUUAAGUAUUUUGGAUGUUUGAAACUUGGUAGUAGAAUGUUUGAACUUCAUAAUUUGGAUGUUUGAAACAGGUAUGGAAAACUAGAUUUACAAGUGUUACUAUGUCCAAAAACGAGUAAGAUAGAUAACUAGAAUUACUGGGUUUCUUACGCCUCAAAAGCACAAAAAAAGGAAAAAAGAUAUACCAAAAACUAGUAAACACAUGUAAAACACUAAAAAUGAAAAAAUAU